AUGGCCAAUACGACUGUCCGUGGUGCACAGGCAAUCCACGGCCAAAAUCCUCAGUAUCUAGUCGAAACUGUUGUCCGAAACCGAAUCUAUGAAUCCACAUACUGGAAGGAGCAUUGCUUUGCGUUAACAGCUGAGAGUCUUAUUGACAGGGCCAUUGGGCUGAAGAGCGUUGGUGGAGUAUAUGGAAACCAGAAACCAACCGAAUAUUUGUGCUUACUCUUGAAGCUUCUGCAAAUCCAGCCCGAGAAAGAAAUAUUACUCGAGUAUCUUCAGGCGGACGAAUUCAAAUAUUUGAGAGCGUUGGCCGUGAUGUAUGUCCGAAUGACAUUCAGAGCAGUAGAGGUGUAUGAGAUACUAGAACCCUUACUCAAGGAUUAUAGGAAGUUGCGGUAUCGGAAUAUGGGUGGGUAUUCUCUAACACAUAUGGAUGAAUUCGUGGACUCUCUCCUAACAGAGGAGAGAGUUUGUGAUAUUAUCCUACCCCGCCUGACAAAGCGCGACACGCUGGAAGAUACUGGCGAAAUUGGGCCGAGAAAAAGCCGACUACUGGACGCCAUGGAAGGAAAGAGCGAACGUGGAAGUAACAAGAGCCGCAGCAGAAGUCAGAGUAGAAGCCAACAAUCGAACAGGAUGGGAAGCGCGAGUCCGGUCGCCGUCCCCUGCUGGAUCACGAUACGUUUCUCGUAG